AUGACACUUUGCGCGCAGGACGCCAUUUUAAAAGAAACUUAUUUAACCGAACUUUUUUUGGAUAUGCAUUGUGAUAAAAAUGCAGAUGGUACUAAAAAUUUAAUACUUCCGGGAAACGAAUUGAUUAAAAAAAUAGGUAAACGGAUUCGCGACAGAGAUUUGGUAAAAAUUGCAAUGUUUUUGAGAAAUCAUCAAGAUGUAAUUGCUCUCGAAUUACCCUACAACGAAAUCACCGAUUGCGGAAUGUCAAUUUUAGUUAAUUUCUUUAAAGAAAGACCCGUCAUUCGAUACCUGAAUUUGAUAGGUAACGAAAUUGGUCCCAGAGGAAUCACAUAUUUAUCAGAAUUUUCCGAAUUUUUACCAUUGCGUACCCUUCGUCUGAGCGGAAACAAAAUCGGAGACGAGGGCGGAAGACUAUUAUGUAAAAUAUUAAAACUGGCUCCAAAUUUAAAAUUUCUAGACAUUUCGGACACUCAUCAAAGCGCAAAGGGUUUGGCUUAUAUUUUGAGUACUCUGAUUAAAAAAAAAGGAAAACCUUAUUUUUUGGAGUAUAUCGACAUAAGUCGACCGUUACCGCAAACGUACCAUCAAGUUCCCGACGCUCAUCUUGCCGAACAAAUAAUUAAUAAUCAUUUGAAAGAGAUUCACGCGGAAAAUCUUGGAUUUGAUUUUCGAGACAUGGAAAUUAUAACGGAAGGACUCUUUUUCAACAAAAGUUUAAUAUGUUUGAAUUUUAAUAAUAAUAAUAUCGGGGAUGACGGAGUCGAAUUUUUAUGUAAUUAUUUAAAAACUUGUCCGCAGCUCGAGUGUCUCAUGAUAGGAGCGAAUAAUUUCAGCGAUUUGGGAGCCAUUGCUCUCGGUAACGCUUUACCUUUUAGUAAAAUAAGAUUGCUCGACAUAACUAGAAAUCGUAUCACGGAUGAAGGCAUGCUAAGAAUAUUUUACACUAUAAAAAAAAUGGAGAAACUCAGAGGUUUGUUUAUUUGGGGUAACAAAAUUACCCACAGUUCUUUAGUGGUGUUGAAACAGUUAUUCGAAUCGAAAACCUUAGAUCCCGAACAUACGGAUGUGAAAUUCAAUUGCGUCGACAAUGAAUUGAGGGUUGGUUGGGAUCCACGCGUAAAUAGAUUUAAAAGUAGGUUUUAUUGCGUUUCGCCCUACGGUUAUCCUCCUAAAAGAACAAUUAAAAGAAUUCCACCUCCAAGCUCGGAGCCACCUCCAAUACAUUAUAGACAUCACGUUGAUGAUGUCGACGUAGGCCUUCCAUUGGCCGAUUGGGCUUUCGAAUGGAUAUUACCCAAAUUCGUUUAUCCUUUAUAA